AUGGAAGGAUCCCUCAGUGAAUUUGCCAUUACUACCACAAAGGAGCGGCCGCGCUCGCCCUCUAAAGAUAGAGGCGUAACAGAAAGUAUUCAAAAAAGAUGUCGAAGGACGAGCAAGAAGCAUGAUUUUGGAGAUGACAUAUUAUUGGAGUUACUAAUAUUGCUUCCACCCAAGUCUCUGAUGCGAUUCAAGUGUGUUUCUAAAACUUGGAACACUUUGAUACAACAUCCAAACUUUGUCAAGUCCCACAAUGCUCAUUCUCGAACCCGUCCCUCUGCCACCCGCCUGUUGCUUCAACUGGAAAUACUUCCUCCUGCUAGUCAGGCGACCACUUCUUUGAUCCCAACACCACAACCAGAGGGAUUAUCUUUACAACUCGCGCCUCAUCAUUAUUGUUCCGACACAAGAUCAGAGAUGGUUAUAUGUUCAAAUCAUUGCAAUGGCCUUGUUUGUGUUUAUAACAAUAAAGAUACUCAGGUUUACUUAUACAAUGUCACCACAGGGGAGAUAAAAGCUUUACCAUUCUCUCUGCAGAGCAGCCCGGAUAGUGGAACCAACUCUUGGAGAGAAAUACCUGAAAAAAACUCGUCUACAAAUUUUUCUUCUAGGUGUAAUUGUAUUUUCCUCAACGGAGUACUUUACUGGACAGAUUUAUACUGUGAUAUCGACUACUUCGACAUCAGAGAGGAGAAGUUUGGGACACUUUCACCGCCACGAACAAGGAAUUAUGGUUUCGAUGAGCUGAGCAAAACGCAAACUGCGUUGCAGGGAAAGCUGGUUUUGAGUUGGUUCAACUUCUAUAGGAGGGGAGAUAAAGUCUAUUCGGUAUAUGAUGAAGUUACAAAGGUUUUUAAGAAUUUUAACUCUAUUCGCAAAUUGGAGAAGGUUACCUUGCCUGAAGCAGAAAGGAUUGACAAGACAAAGAUUGCAGAAGUUUUAGCAACAAUGAGUCUAAUUAGUGCCCCAACUUUUUUGGAAUUCCCUGAUUGUUUUCUGUUAAGUCAUGCUAGCACUUUUGUUGAGAACAUUAUGCCAUUAAAUUUUAUUGAUGAUUUUUAG